AAGAUUUGAUAGUGCAAGCGCUUUCCUCACUAUAUAUUCCAAGAUUUGACAGGUGGUCUAGCAUUGGCAUCGAGAAAUGGAGGCGUGGGCGGAGUUGCGAGACAAAGUGGUGCUGGUGACGGGUGCAUCGUCUGGGCUCGGGCGCGAGUACUGCUUGGACCUCGCUAAAGCCGGCUGCAGAAUCGUGGCCGCAGCUAGGCGAACCGAGCGCUUGCUAUCACUCUGCGACGAGAUCGGCGGUGGGAGAGCCGUGGCGGUAGAGCUGGACGUGCAAGGGAGCGGGGACACCAUCGAAGCCGCGGUGAACAAGGCCUGGGAUGCUUUUGGGAGGAUUGAUGCUCUUAUUAACAAUGCGGGUGUUAGAGGAGAGGUGCAUUCCCCAUUGGAGUUGAGUGAGGAUGAAUGGGAUCAUCUGUUUAGGACAAAUGUAAAGGGGACAUGGCUGGUGUCCAAGUAUGUUUGUCGCCGAAUGCGCGAUUGCGGACGUGGCGGCUCCGUCAUCAACAUCUCUUCCAUAACCGGCCUUGAUCGCGGCCAAUUGCCCGGGGGUCUAGCUUAUGUUGCUUCCAAAUCCGCCCUUAAUGCCACCACCAAGGUUAUGGCGUUGGAAUUAGGAGAGUAUAAAAUAAGAGUAAACAGUAUAUCUCCGGGGUUAUUCAAAUCUGAAAUAACAGAGGGUCUGAUGGUGAAGGAUUGGCUGAAUAAUGUGGCUACGAAAACAGUACCUUUGGGAACAUUUGGGGAAUCAAACCCGGCGCUCACAUCGUUGGUGCGAUACUUAAUCCACGACUCAUCUCAAUACAUCACCGGCAAUAUAUUUAUAGUCGAUGCCGGAGUCACCUUGCCUGGUUUUCCCAUUUUCUCCUCCCUCUAGUCUAGACAAUAUAUCAUAUUAACGGUACUUUUCUUUAUGAUGUUUAAGUUUGCAUCCAUAA